AUGACGCCCGCCUUCUGUACCAAAAACACAUGUCACGCCAAGAGCAUCUUGGGUCCGAGAACAGCUUUUAGCGCGACCGGACGAGAGGCGUUCGAGCGAAAGAUCAGUAUACGAUGUUUUAGUGGGAGUACAACGUCCUAUGGUCCAACUCAAUCUAAUGAUCAAUAUUUAGAGAGUAGCUCGCACUAUACAUCCCCCUCAUUCCCUCUUCGUACCCUCGUCUCCACCGCCCAACCUUCUGCGCGCGACAGGGUCACCGCCCAAUCUUCUCCGACCUCGUAUUCGUCAUCCCGAUCACCCUUAACAACCAAAACCCUCAACUUCUUGGCAAAAGACCCAAAACCAAAGCCCUCGUGUCUCGUAUCGUGUCGUAUUCAUCGUAUCGUAUCGUAUCUUCCUACCUCGCGCGUCAGGGUCUCUACUGUAGGGUCGAAGAGGAUUAUCGAGUCGGACCGGCGGAAGGUACAAGAAGAGGUACAAACCCGAUUUACCCCUAGCUCUUGGUCGAUACGAUAUACGACAGCUCUGUUGCUGUGGACCCUGGACUACACACCACGAGAGAAGCUCGAAAUAUCGCUGCUUUCCGUCAAAGAACCUAGUCCCAAAUCCCUCAAUUCGAAUCAUGGAUCCAACGAGCCCAGCAAGCAAACUGCUGCCACUGAUUAUCACGUAGAAGGUAUGUGGGAUGAAACGAUCGAUGUGAACAACUUUUACAAUACGGCCGACGCUUUUCUACAAGCUGAUGCGCAACGGGGUCAGCUCUAUGCUGUCAGGACUCUUCUGAGCUUUGGUCAACGGCAAUCCCAGAGCGGAUCUGAAGUGGCUCCAUCAAGUGAGGACGAAGACUACACCUCGCCGGACCAUCGCGCCGCUACGCCACGUUCGGCAGCAAAUUCGCGGAUGUUCGAAGAGUUCUCCGAAGAUGGUCAAGGUCCCGGCCACUUUGACCCUGCCCGUUCGUUGCGGUCUGCUUGGAAGCGCAGAAUCUUGGUCCAGGCCGUCGCCGAGUCAUAA